CGCAGGCGCCGCGCUUUCAAAAAUGCAGCGGGAGUUAGUGGGUUUCCCGCUGUCGCCCGCGGUGCGGGGGAAGCUGGUGGCGGCAGGUUUCCAGACUGCCGAGGACAUCCUGGAGGUGAAGCCCUCCGAGCUCAGCAAAGUUGGGAUAUCUAAAGAGGAAGCUUUAGAAACUCUGCAAAUUGUAAGAAGAGAAUGUCUCACAGAUCAACCAAGAUGUGCUGGGACCUCUGUGGCAGACAGGAAGUGCACAGCCCUGGAACUUCUUGAGCAGGAGCACACCCAAGGCUUCAUAAUCACCUUCUGUUCGGCACUAGACAACGUUCUUGGGGGUGGAAUACCCCUAAUGAAAACGACAGAAGUCUGUGGUGUGCCAGGUGUUGGAAAAACACAGUUAUGUAUGCAAUUGGCAGUGGAUGUGCAGAUUCCAGAAUGUUUUGGAGGAAUAGCAGGUGAAGCAGUAUUUAUUGACACAGAGGGAAGUUUUAUGAUUGAUAGAGUGGUAACCCUUGCAACUGCCUGCAUUCAGCACCUUUGUCUUAUAGCAGGAGCACACAUGGACGAAGACCAUCAGAAAGCCUUGGAGGAUUUCACUCUUGAAAAUAUUCUUUCCCAUAUUUAUUAUUUCCGUUGUCAUGAUUACACUGAGCUGCUGGCGCAAGUCUAUCUCCUUCCAGAUUUCCUUUCAGAGCAUUCAAAGGUGCGGUUGGUGAUCAUAGAUGGUAUUGCUUUUCCUUUUCGUCAUGACCUUGAUGAUCUGUCCCUUCGUACUCGACUACUAAAUGGCCUAGCCCAACAAAUGAUCAGCCUUGCAAAUAAUCACAGGGGAAAGCUGGGGACAUGCUGCUACAAUAAGGCUUAUUUUUCACUGGGAACAAAAGCAAAAGUUUGCAACAUUGUACAAGUCACCAAGCCAGAAGGAGUCCACAGUACCAUUUCAAAUCACACUUCAAGGAUUUAGAGAUGCUGCUGUCCCUGCUUCUUCAUCACAGACAGGAGGUUCUUCGAAUUUCCGGAAACGGUCACGAGAGCCAGAGGAAGAAUGCUGA